AUGACGCCUAGAAAUAUCCUUUCAUAUAAAUGUCGAAACAAUUAUUUGUAUAAUUUUUACGACAAUUUAUUAAAUCGUCAUGGAAGAUCAUUCGGUUCAAUUGUAAAAUAUACAAACUGUUCUUCUUCUCCCAUUUUUAAUUCUAAUUCUAAAAAUGAUGAAAUCAAUUGUUUAAAUAAAUUAUCCUUAAGGUUUUAUGGAAAUGUUGGAAGGGAUUGGCUUCCGAAACGAAACCAAUAUACAAAAUACCGUAUCACGAAGCCCUGGACCUCUGACAGCGUCUACGAUGAUAUAUUCCUCUCAGAACCUUCAAAGGAGGACUUUUACCCUUUCACCAAGGAGAUGCCUGUGUUCUUGAAGUUCCUUAACCUUUUAACUGCAGCUCAGAACAGAAAGGAGGUUUUCAUAGACUUUGUAAAGAGGUGUGAAAAUGGGCUCGUGGUUGAGAAGGACGUUUACUUGACUAAGGAUGAACUUUUGGAAUGUAUGUGGGCAAACGGAUACUCGAAUUCUGAAAUGAACGCAUUUAAAUUUGCGUUCCCUAGCGAUUACAAGUUUCACUAUCCAGAGUUGGCCGUGUUGUUUGAGUUGAACGAGGAGGACUGCUACAAGUACUGUGUAAAGGAACGUGCUAGUAACCCUGAGGAGUUGGUAGAGUUGAAGCUUAAGAAACCAACAAACCUUGUGUCCAGUUAUGGACUCGUGUUCUUAGGAUGCUGGUUCGCACUUUCCAACGCAGUUCUUGGAAAUGCAUGGUUUUUUGCCAAGACUCUUCCAUUUGGAGCUGUGUUCUACCUUCUUGCCUCGUACUUUCAGAAAUGGCUCAAGGAGUACUUUUGGAAGGAGGAAAACGCACUAAUUGAAAAGGUUAAACAGGAAAAAGAAUAUUGUGAAGAUGCAAUCUAUUCACAAUUAAGAAAGUACUUGGAGGAUUCAAAAUGCGUUGAUUACGUUGAGAGUUUUAAGUCGGAGGUGGUUAAUAGAAUGGAGCAAUAUAAAAAGGCACUUCUGGUUAGAAUGAAAAAUGAAGCCUCAAAUCUCAUGAAGGAACGCCUCAAUAAUAUGGCACAUCAUGAAGCCUCAAUUUCAAGCUCAUUAGAAAAGAAUAUGGUAAAUGAGCUGGUUAAGUUGUUUUUGGAGACCUUUUCCACAAGCCCUGAAAUGAAAACUGAUGCAUUAUCCUCAUCAAUAAUGGAGCUCAAGGGCGAAUACAACAAGCUUGACGACCCUCUGUUCAAGUUCUUUAAUGAUAACCUCGGUCAAUUUCAAGCAGGUACAAGGAAAAAGAGAACCCAGACGUCAACCAAUGAAGGAGGCGAUACCUUUGUUGAUAGGUGUAACAGACUUUUUCAACAAAAGGAGCAGGAAUUUUUAAACACCUUCACAGUCACACCUGAGGAGUUCAAGGAGGUUUCAAGUCUAGCUAGGCUUUGCAAAUCUAACCAGGGCUUCAACCUUGAUAAACUAAGCCCUGAUCAAAGGACAAAAUUGGACAACCUGUACCUAAAUCUGUCCCAAAAGAUGGGUUAUUACGUUCCCACUGUCCCAAAUUUAUCAGUUCAGGGUUUACCUUUGACUCCCACUACUUCAGACGAAUCUGACUCAUUUCUCCACAAAGAACUUUCUGAAAAACUUGAUCUUGUCAGGACAUCGAGGCUACAUGAUUUCUUAGGUCAAUUUGUUUAA